AUGGGGGAUUCGUCGUCGUCGAGGGAUUCAGUGGAGCCUUUGCUCCGGUCGUCGUCGGAGGCGGCGGCGAUUCCCAGCCGGCUUUCCGUUUUGCUCGGGCAGGCGACGGGGCAGAGGGGGCCGUCGUUGCUGGUGCGGCAGACGGCAGCGCGGCAGCUGGAGGAGCGACGAGCCGACUGGGGGUUCUCCAGGCCUGUGGUGGCGCUCGACAUCUCGUGGAACGUCGCGUUCGUGGUGGCCUCCCUGGGGGUCCUGUCGUCCACCGUUAGGGAGCGGCCCAAUGUUCCGAUCCGGCUCUGGAUCGCCGGCUAUGCGUUGCAGUGUGUUGUGCACGUUGUUUUGGUGUGGGUGGAGUAUCGGCGCAGGAGUCGGCGGCAGACUGGGGGCGUGGAGGAGGGGAGACCCGAAGCGUCGGAACCCCAGGCGAAUCACAACGAGGGUGAGGCGCAAGGUAGCGACGAGGAGGCUGGAGGAAGGACUCCGGAAUUCCGGUAUGUCAUUUAUGAAAGUUUAAGCGGGCAUAGCUGUUGCUUUCAUUUUCUUCCUCAUAAUCGUCUUAGUUUCUAGGGUUCCGUGGAUUGGUAGAAGUUUUGGGCUUGACUUUGUUUUCCGACAUUCGCUCCUCGGAAGAAUGGAUCAAAUAGAUGCGGGAAAUGUGGGACUAAUUGAAUUUCAUUCUUGUCUGCUAAGAUAAUUCUUUUUGCUCACAGCUUGCAUUCGAUGCUCCUGAUUCAAGAAUUCCUGAAAACAGGGCAUUCACUGAACUAGUCUCCCUUUGGUCCCCCCGUCGGGGUGCAAAUACGAUUCAACUGGCCUGCCUUCCCUGACAGAGAAGCUAGCUCUUUCUUUUUGAUAGAUCGCUCCGCUCUGUACAAAAAUCUUCAGCAUCAUUAAUGAACCCAGGUCUGACUUUUACGGAAAGGGAAGGGACCCCUCUAUUACCACUCUCUUUCUUUAAGAAAAAAAAUCAGCAGAAACUCUAGUUAUACAUCUAAACUUACAUUGAGGAAUUGAAGAGGAAAGCAUCGUAUUAUGACUAGUAAAUUUUUAAAGAGAUAACCCAGAAGGAAUAUAUUAAUUUGUGCAUGUCAAGGUUAAAAUACUGUUAUCAUCACGAUUGUGCAUUCAUAGACAAGCUGCUAUUGAUGUCUAUAAGUUUUCCCUGCACUAGCAUGAUAUUAUGAUAAUCAGGUUUUGGGUAAAUAAUUCAGAUGGAUUGCGUUAUUCAGCUUUAAAAAAAUUGCAUUUUAAAUUUACGUGCUGUUCUCCUCUUGACCAUUGCAUUCAUAGGCAAGUGGCUACAGAUGUCUAGAAGUUGUCCUUGGAUUGUCAUUUCUAGUCAGCGUUUUGUACUUUAUGGAUAAUUGUUUAAGAAUUGUGAAAAAUAACUUGAUUUGAUUUGAGCUUAGGCUUAAGACGGUCGGAGAGUGACCUGAUCAUAAACAAGAUAGUGAACGUAGUCACUACAUUAUCCGCCAAGAACCCUUCUAAAUGGGAUGGGAGACAUGAAUCUGUUCUGAAAUUUCUCUCUAUCAUAUGUCAGAUUUAUAUUUGAUAUCAAUAAAUAGGCCAAUGGAGUCAAAAUGUGGACUGACUUAACGGGCCACUGGAGGUGAAAACAAUAGGAUAUCGUUAAUGGGCUAAUGCUGUUCAUUAGCUAGGAGUCCAAUCAUUGUGUUGACUCCUAUCAAUGGAGAUGAUGGGUGAAUUUCAUGUGUUUAGUAUUCUGUUGUCAUGUGAGAGAAUGUAGAGUAGUCCAAGAGUCACGAAUGAGGAGACUCAAAUAAAUAGCGUGUAACACUAGGGAGUGGCUUUUUGGUGCCUUAAGAUAUAAAUGUAGAGGUUAAAUCUCAUCCUAUAUUAGGCUGUAUGUUGUGUGUGAAUUUCAUGUGUAGUUUUGAUUAUUUCAUUUAUCUCAAAUUUCUCUUACAAGACGAACUUAUGCUAUUAUCGUUCUUCCAUUUCUAUAGUCUUCGUAUUGGGAUUUGAUCAUAUCACAUCAAAUUUCAUGUACUUCUUAAUAAUUCUAUUUUCUUAUGGUACGAAAAUUGCUGACUGUUUUCACUGUUCAUGUGCUUCUUUUUGUCUUAUUUAUUUAUGUGGAAACCAUCUGAAAUUAUUUUCUCAGAGUUUAUCUCCCCCCCCGCCAAAAAAAAAAAGAAAAAGGAGGGGGAAAGCGAGAAAUAAAACUUUAAAAAAGGCAGUUCCACCUAAUACAUUAGUUUCAACUCUGGAUUCUUAGUAUUAUUUGAUGAAAAAGCAUCCCUCUAUUCGAUGAUCAUUGAAGUAUGAAGAAACUUUCUUUAUCCUUUCUUUAAAGUAUCCAUUUCGAUAUACAGAUCUCUCACUUUUAUUGCUAUUUCUUGCAUUUAUGUGAGCUCUGUUUUUUUUUUAAUCAGGAUGGCCAAAAGUUGUGAAUCUCUCAACACGGUGACCUCCUUUAUCUGGUGGAUCGUUGGCUUCUAUUGGGUGGUAUCCGGUGGUGAUGCCUUUCUACAGGAUGCCCCUACACUAUAUUGGUAUGACAAAAAUUACACAAAUGACAUAGUAUUUGGUAGAUGGCUAUAUUGAAAGAUUUAUUCGGAUUUUACUUUGAAUAAACACAUCUGAACUUUACUCCCCUUUAUUUUAGUAGGCGCCAGUCUUCUUCAUCUGGCCGCAUUUGCACUGCUUUAAAUACGGGGCAGCAAAUAACAGACCGGAUCUUCUCCUUAUCCCGAAAUAUCUAUCUUAUUUAUUAUCCAUUUUUUUAACCCUCAUCCCUAGGUGUGCUCAAAGCUUGUGGUUUUCCUAUUGUAUUCCCAUUUAUUGAUAACUGUGGUGAUUUCUCAACAUUUAUGUAUAGAAAAAAAUAAACAUCUAUGUGGAAAGAAGAAGACCUCAAAUAGCAUUUCUUAUGCAGAACGAUACCAAAGGGUAUUGAAUGAAUGAAAUUGGGGUUUACAUGGUGUAUAAUCUAAUAGAGCCGCUUUAAGGUUCCCUGUGAAAUUACUUGACUUCCAUUGCCUUCUAAGUCGUAUUAAUGUGCUCAUGUAGUCAAGUUUAACAUUUUUAAAUGGUCGAUUUAACCUGAGUUUGUUGUAUUCCUAUUAUUGACCCUUUUCUAUGUCAAAUCUGUUAAAUUUCUCUAUUGAUCAACAACGGCCUCAUUUUAAAUAAAAAUAACCUCAAAGAAUUCUGGAUGCGUUCUUCUUACCAUACAAGUUGACUAAAUAUCUUGAUUAAGAUCAUAUCAAAAUAUUUUGAAGACCCUUUGAAAACCACAUGUAGAUAACUAGAAAACUCCUCAUAAGUCUCUUGACUGCCUUUUUUUGGAGGGGAGUUUCUUGGUCUUAGAUCCCCAUAUAGCAGUUAAGGUAACAAUUAAAUCCCUCAUUUUUUCACUUCGACCCGUAGCUCCUGAGAGCUCGAUUUGUCUUAUUUUUUAGUCCCUAUGUCUAAUGAAGUUAGUUGGACUGAAGGACUAUAUAUGAGAUGGGCUGGGUAUUAAGUCAUGGGUCCAAGUGAAAAAAUGAGGGAUUUAUCAGUAAUUAAAUCGGUUUAUGAGGAGCUAAAAACCAAAAAACCCGCUUUAUUUCUUGAUCUCACAUGAACUUUUCAUACUACGAGUUCAUGAUUAUUUACAUCGAUUAUGUUAAUGGGUCGUGUAGUGAUGAUGAACGAAAGUCCUCUAGAGGAUAUAUAUAACCAGACCAGGGGAACCACAAUAAAAAAAAUUCAAAUCAUCCUUCUUAUGUUUUCGGAAGUCUUGUCUUUUCCAUCACGGGUUGGAAAAAAAAUCCGGUACUAUUUCCCAAUAUCAUGGUUACUGCUCUUUGAAAAAAAAAUCCGGUACUAUUUCGGAACUGGUUUCUUCUGGUGCCCGAGUUUCUUCGAUAAAUACUCUGAUGAAUCACAGCCGAAAUUUUGGAUUAUUCUUCUUAAAUCUCCAUCUUCUUGUUUACUGCUCUUUGAAAGAGAAACUGUUUACAAUAUUUUCCAGACAUCAUCUUACAUUUUCUUAUGUUCAUUGAGUAUCUUCAGUGAAUGUUGUGCAGGGGAUUCAUUAACCAUGAAAAUCAAGACAAAUUCGAACCAUUGUUUUUAAACCUUAUCAUUUUCACAAUUGCUUCAAAACAAGCUCUUCACGAUUUUUUCCAGAUAUCAUUUUAUGUUUUCAGAACUGGUUCCAUCUAUUGUCUGAGUAUCUCUAAUGGAUAUGGUUCAGGGUAUGUAUGAAUCUGCCCUGAGAAUUACAGCAGAAAAACUCGUAUUAUCCUUCUUAAAUCUCCCUGUUGUAGGGUAAAAUAAGAUCUUUGCUAUAUUUUCCAGACUUCCUAUGUUUUCUUAUGUUUAUUGAAGAUAAAUAUUUCACAAGUUUUAUUUAAUCAUCUCAUGGGGAUUAAGGCAGAAAAAAUCAAAUUAUCCUUCUAAAAUAUUUUCUUUUUCACCUACCUUUUGAAGAAAAACAUUUUACUGCAGUACUUAAGUUGGGUGUCUUAAACCCAUAUUGCGCAGGUUGGCAGUGACAUUACUGGCGUUCGACGUGCUCUUCGCCACCUUCUGUGUGGCUUUGGCGUGUGUGAUAGGGAUCGCCCUCUGCUGCUGUCUGCCUUGCAUCAUUGCCAUUCUUUACACUGUGGCUGGCCAGGUCAGACCACAUAAUUUUCCAUCAAAAAAAGAAUUAAAAAAAAAUGACCCCCCUUAAUAAUUCCCCCUCUGAUGAUAACAGGAUGGUGCCUCUGAAGCUGACAUCAGCAUCCUCCCUCUGUACAAGUUCGUCCAGGGAGCCACUGAAGGGGAGAAAGGUAGUGAUGUAGGGGGGUUGAUGGUUCCCAUGGAAAGUGAUGAUGGAGGUGAUGGAUGUGGGAGGUCACUUCUGCCUGAGGAUGCGGUGAGUCCCCUUAAUCGACCCAUUAUUUUUAUAUUAUUUUUAUCUGAAUUAUUGGGUUUGAAUUUUUGGAGUGGAAAGCUUUGGAUGAUUAGCUGUGAGUGAUUAUGACUUUUCCUAAAUAUUAUCUAUGAUUUUUUAAAAUUAUUUUUUGUCUAAUUUGGAUAAUGGUAAUUGACCUAUUUCAUAUCUAUGUUUGGUUAUUUGCUCUCUCUCUCUCUCUCUCUCUCUCUCUCUCUUUCUCCCCCCUCCCUCUGAGAUAACUUAAUGCUCUAUUCUCUUUCUCUGUAAGCUUGCUGCAUGCUGCCAAAAUCAUUCUGGGACUGGUCUACUUGCUCACUGAUGAAGAAAGAUGUUAUUGUUUUUGUUAAUGAGAUAUUUCUUGCUCUCGCUGCUUGCCCCCUCUUCUCUCUCUCUCUCUCUCUCUCUCUCUAACGGUUACGUUGGAUAAAGAUGUCACCAUUGCCGUCAGUGUGGUGUAACCCUUAGACGCUGUGGUCUUCAGGUGUGCUGCAUCUGCCUCACGGCGUAUGAAGACGCCACGGAGCUUCGCUCCCUGCCCUGCGACCACCACUUCCACUCCGCCUGCAUCACCAAGUGGCUCUCCAUCAAUGCAACCUGCCCCCUCUGCAAGUACAACAUCCUCAAGGGCCCUGAAUAG